UGUAUAUCAUUUCAUGCUUCCUUAGUAGUCCUCUUAUUCCAAGCUUCAUGCUUAAUUUUUGAAACCACAAGAUAUAAUGGGUAGGAAAAGCCAAGACCCCACUGUUGUUAGCUCCUCCAUUGCUCUUCUACAAGAGAGGUUCAGACAGUUGCAGAGAGUAAAAGAGAUGAGGGAGGAGAGAGAGCUUCAAAAGAUGAUGCUCAAUGAACCUAAACAAUUCAAUUCCAAUUCCAAUGCCUUUUCUCACCCUGAAUUGAUCACUCCAUCAAGGUCUUCUUCACCACCCCAUGUUUCUCUUUCUCUCUGGCCAGCAUCACAAGAUCAGGACUACAGAAGAAGUGUCCAAACCCCAGUUUCAAUGAACUUUUGCCCCACAAGUACUUAUGCACAUGCACAAGUUUCAGAGAAGAAGGUGUAUGAGUGUGACUCUGGCUCUGAUCCUGGUGUUGACACUUCUCUUCACCUGUAAAAGAUGUCUAAUGAUGUAGUAGCUUUUGAUGGUGUUCUUGUGAUUGUGACAUGACAAAAUAUGGUGGUUUGAUACCAGUGUAUUAUCAUGUAAUCAGCUUAAUUAGCUAUCUACCAUCAUCACUUUCUGUGAUUAUUAGCUUAUAAUAUGAAAAGAUUAAAUGAUAAGGCUUGAAAUAGCAUGAACAUGAGGUCUGUUUGGAAACUUUUAUCAGUCACACAAUAUCUAUCUAUGAAGCAUAUCUGUUUCUUUUUCUA